UUGCCGACUGCUUCACUGGUAACACCUCAUCAUUGUCCGCAGCCGUUGGCGCAUUCACACCGGAAACAAUUAGCAAGUGGUAACUGUGCUACCAGCUAAUAGACCGCACGUGGCCACCGGAUAGCGCGGUCCCGCCGGGAGUUUCUAAGAUGGCUAAUCGGUUGUUUGCACAAGUCACGUGGCAGUGAUUUCUCUCGUAAAGUGUUGAAGUGGCAAACAAAUGGCACGUGCAAUCAUGUGAAUUUAGUAAUAGUGCGUGAAAGUGGAAGGCAUCAUCUAGUCAUUGUUUGUGAUAAGUCAACUAUUAGAAGUUAAUAAUAAUAUUAAGCAGUCACCAUGUUUUCGAUGGAUACGUUCGAUUUUGAGGCCGUCAUGAGCCGUCACCUGUUUGAUGGUCCGGCGUUGCAGCAUCACGGGCAACCUCACCAUCAUCACCACCAUCAGCAUCACAGUCACCUGCAGACGGCCAGUGUGGACUCGACGACCUCGAACAGCUCGGACUACUUCCUGGGCGACGAUGAGAACACAACCGACAGUGACUCGUUCUGUGGGUACAACAGCGAUCAGGAAAAUAACGACGGGAUUAAGGACAUUUACUCCACCCGCUCGUCCAAGUACCGGCGGCCCAAGUGUGCCUCCCAGCAGGCCCAACAGCGGCAGGCCGCGAACCUGCGCGAGCGUCGCCGCAUGCAGAGCAUCAACGAAGCCUUCGAGGGCCUCCGGACCCACAUCCCGACGCUGCCGUACGAGAAGCGCCUCAGCAAGGUGGACACCCUGAAGUUGGCCAUCAGCUACAUCUCCUUCCUCGGGGACAUGCUGCGGAAGGACAAAAACGGCAACGAACCCGGUACCAACGGGCUGAAGCGAGCACCCGUCAAGGAACCGCCGAAAAAGUUCAUCGUUCGAGGUGGUUCCGGCCAGACCCACUCCCUCUCGUGGCACCGGAAGGGUGAUCGCAACGCAAACGGACGCUACUUUGCACGGAUCUGGCGUCCGGAGGAUCCCCGAAGCAACCAGCGAAACAUCGCAGCUGGCCCUUCGACCUACUCGAACGGAAUGGCCUGAAUAUUUUUCAAAUGCAUCGUGUUCCUGUCCAAAUUUCGUGCCGUACAUUUAAAUAGCAUUUAUUAAUUUAUUUCGCAAUUCUAAUUGAUGAACAUUGUGAACCGUUUCUAGUCGUUCUAGUCAGAGCUCAGUACUUUUGUUGGUAUUUAUUGUAAAUAAAUUUUAUUUAAUCGAAAAAAA